UUAGAUCGCACAUUGUGGCUGUAGGAACUGUAGGAAGACACGCAUUUGUUGACGUUAACUUUGUUUUCAAAUUCCGUCCAAAUGUAUCAAAAUAACUAACUGCGCGAGUAGUUUCUCACCUCGGUGGAAAGUAUAAAAUUUAUAUAACUAAACUUUAGUGCGCGACCGAUGGUAAGCGUAUGGCGUGCGAGCUUGUUUCGUUAGAUAUUUUUAGUUUGGCAGUUUUUAGCAGGGCAGGGGCGAUCAAACGACGACGGUGACUGCGGCGAACGUGUAUGUGAUCUUCAGUUGUAUCCCGGGUAGUCAUUGCUGCACGUCAGUACCGUUGCAACUCCUUGUGCAAUUUCCGUGGCGAUCGGUGGUGAGCGGCAAAAAGGGCAUGCCACAUACCAAUGUACGGUUCUGGAUUGUCGUAUAGUCGCUACCGACCAGCCUAUGACGAUACCGAUCGGUUCGCGAUCCGCAGUCCCGGGGAUUCGUCGUGGAGCCACCACACGUCGUCUCCCUGGGCCACUCGACCUUCGUCCACCACCACCGGAACGGGAAAAGCGCACGUAAAUAAUAAUAGACGACUCGCAAAUGACUACUCCAUGGCCAACUCGACCCACACAAAUACCCCUGCUGGUCGGAGAACGAGGUACUCGCGCUCGUCCACCACAAGUGUCGCGCAACUUUUGAGUGACUCGUGUACUAGCCUGCUUCAAAAGCUCACCACUAAGGUGCGAGGUCCAUCGGCGACCGUUGAAAGGCAAUUGGGAACGAACUCGCUGCAGUAUUCAUCAGGUGUGCACCGCCCAAAUCCUCUUACGACUAGCAAAAGUUCCACGGUAGUACCUAACCUCGGCGCUCCGACCAGAACAAAAUUCGAAGAUAAGUACUCCUCUGUCUUGGACAGGAUUUAUAGAAGAAAAGAUCCAGAAAGAACCCUAGAACCCUCAGUUGGAAGAACUCUUGCUAAAAGUUCUACGACCGCCAACGUACUGCUCUCCGAAAAAGCCUAUCCGUAUGUCAGUAACAAUGUCGCACACAGAGAGAAAACUCCUUUUCGAAGUGAAGGAAAGUCGUUGCAAAGUAAACGGCAAUAUCCCGAACCGCAGUACACCUACCUGGACAGGGAUUCGGCGUAUCGCGUUCGACACAGAUCAAAUCAUUCCGAACUCAGGCCACGAAGAUCCUCAAAACCACAUAGGACUGGAAAAAGUGAAAUAAGUGAUAGGAAACCGACCACCAACCUGAAAUUAUGUCCGGUGGAAAUAAAGAUGCACGACGAGCCUCCGGCUUCUGUACACGCGCCACCGGCAAAGAAGAAAAGCCCCAGUCCUGCAGCACCCCCAGCUGUCGACGAGGAAGUGACCCCAACCCCUUCAGCGCCGGACAGCAUCCUCGAAAGAGAGGCGAAAAGGAAAGAAAUCCAAAGUCUGAUUAUGAAAUACUCGGCGUUAGACGAGGCUUAUAACAAAACUUCUGAUUCGAGUGGUGCGAAAAGCGCGAGUACCGCCGUUACGGCUCCUACCACCAGCGUGGCGGCGGCCAUUGCUCAGAAAUACUACCCUAAUCUGGUCGCGGCUCAGAGCUCACGUGCCCCUUCGGUGGAAGAUGAUGAAGAGGGACACCUCAUAUACAGAUCGGGGGACAUUCUACAAGAACGAUAUAAAAUACUUGGCACUCUCGGCGAAGGUACUUUUGGCAAAGUAGUCAAAGUGAAGGAUUUAGAAAUGGAUCAUUCCAUGGCCUUGAAAAUUAUUAAAAAUGUAGAAAAGUACCGAGAGGCUGCUAAAUUGGAAAUUAACGUACUAGAAAAGUUAGCCGACAAGGAUCCUGAUUGUGUACACCUUUGCGUAAAAAUGCUGGAUUGGUUUGACUAUCAUGGGCACAUGUGUAUUGCCUUUGAGAUGCUAGGGCUUAGUGUCUUUGAUUUCUUGAAAGACAACAACUACCAGCCAUACCCGUUGGACCAGGUGCGGCACAUAGGAUACCAAUUAUGUUACUCCGUCAAAUUUCUACACGAUAACAAACUAACACACACCGAUCUCAAACCGGAAAAUAUAUUGUUUGUCGAUUCGGAUUACGACUUAGUGUAUAAUAGUAAAAAGAGGAGAGAUGUAAAAAGAGUGAAAAGAACUGAUGUUAGGUUAAUUGACUUUGGUAGUGCGACGUUUGAUCAUGAGCAUCAUAGUACGAUUGUAUCCACUCGUCACUAUAGAGCUCCGGAAGUUAUAUUAGAGUUAGGGUGGUCACAGCCUUGUGAUGUAUGGUCGAUAGGUUGUAUCCUAUUUGAAUUGUACCUCGGCAUAACUCUUUUCCAAACGCACGAUAAUAGAGAACAUCUCGCUAUGAUGCAACGAAUUCUAGGUGAAAUUCCUGUCAGGAUGGCUCGAAAGACAAAAACUAAAUAUUUUUAUAGGGGAAAAUUGGAGUGGGAUGAGAAGAGUUCUGCAGGAAGAUACGUCAGAGACAAUUGCAAGCCUCUCAUGGCCAAUUCAAUAUUUAAUUCCAACCCCACUGGAAAAAAUAGGUACAAACAGAGCGACGAAUCAGACCACAACUACUUGUUUGAUUUGGUCUUCAAGAUGUUAGAAUACGAGCCGUCAGAAAGGAUCACACUGAAGGAGGCCUUACAGCAUCCAUUUUUCGAGAAAAUCUCGCCCCAGCAACUACUGGGAGAACACGGAGCCGGAGAUACGAAGAGAGAAAGAAGUUUGUCCUUGUCCCGAUGAGAGCUGGUCCUGUCAUUUUUUUCAGAUCCCCACUGUAUAGAAAGCCAUCCUCUUCCUCCCGUUUUUCUUCUUAUUUUUUUACAAUGUACUGUUUUUUUAAUAGAUGCUGACAAUAAUCUUAUUUUAUUUAUUCAAUUUGUUCGUAGCAACGUAAGGAUGUACAGUUCUGCCUUUUUUUUAGUCAGUACAGCACAAUGUUGUGUUUAACAGAGGAACUGGGUUGUGUAUCAUUUUGAUAGUAUAAAUUAUAUUUCCUUGGAAGGAUUAAUGUCCUGGUGGACUCUGUAUGAAUUGUAAUAUUAAUUACUCCCGUAGUUUGCAGUUUUUUAUUUAUAACGAAGAACAGUCCAUACUUAAAUAAUCUAAGGGCAAGUAAUGUAUGAUUAAUUAUUGUAAAUAUUAUGGCGUUAAUAAACAUCUAGUUUUUA